AUGUGGUACAGGCUGCACCGGGCCUUUGAAGGUGUGCAGGUGAUUGACCCGUCUAAGGGCAUUGCAGAUAUUCCAGAGUGGUUUAAAGGGAGCCGCCUGAACUACGCAGAAAACCUCUUGAAGCACAAGGAGAAUGAUAAGAUUGCCCUCUAUGCUGCACUUUUUCAGGCUCACGUUGCUAAAUGUCAGCUUGUGGAUCACAAUCCUAUUUAUCACAAGUAUCUUCAGCCAGGAGAUCUCCUAAUUGGUGGCCUUGUUUCCUAUACUUGCUUUUUGUAUACUAUAGAAUGCUUUAAUAAACCACCUCCUCCAGUACAAGCUGAAGAGUUUCUGGUAAUGACUCAGAAUUACCAGCAUAUCCUUGCCUUGGAAUUUGCUAUCAAAGAAAUAAAUGACAAUCCGCAGAUUUUACCCAACAUCACCUUGGGAUUCCACAUCUAUGAUGGCUCUAUGAAUGUACGGUCAACCUUUCGAGCCACAAUGGAACUGAUGUCCUCAAAGAACCAUUUUGUCCCAAAUUACAAAUGUAACAUCCAGGACACUCUCAUUGCAAUCAUUGAAGGACUUGAAUCUGAUACAUCCCACCAGAUACCAAAAAUGUUCAACAUCUACAGAUUUCCACAGCUUUUGUAUGGCUCUUCUGCAGUGAUGAUGGAUAACACCCAAAGCUUUUCCUUCUACCAAGUGGUCCCACAUGAAACCCACCAGUACAGGGGGAUUCUCCAUUUACUUCUCCAUUUUAAGUGGAUAUGGAUUGGAUUAUUCACUUCCUGGGGUGUCAAUUCAGAAUGGAUUAAUCAGGUUGUGGUUCCAGAAUUUUCCCAGAGUGGUAUCUGUUUUGCCUUCAUAGAAAUAAUCUACGAUAUAGCUAAGGCCUAUGGUGUAAGUCAUGGAAUUGAGAAAUGGUCACAAACACAGCUUAAGGGAAUAAUGAAAAGCACAGCCAAUGUAUUUCUCUUCUUUGGAGAUACGCGUUCCAUGAUGACUUUCAGUUGGAUGCUAAGCAUGACAGAAACAACACAUACAACACAAAAUCUUGAAGGUAAAGUGUGGAUCUUUACAGCCCAGACAGAGUUAAAAUCAUAUGCCAACAAAAGGAACAGGAAGAGACCCAUACAAGUCUUCCAUGGGGCUUUGGGCAUUGCACCUCACUCCAAUGAACUUCAAGGAUUUCAACAAUUUGUUCAAAGCAGGAAUCCUACCAGCACCAAAGAAGAUUUUUUUAUCAGAGACUUCUGGGCCUGUGCAUUUCGUUGUGCAUUCCCAAAUUCUCUCCUGGAAAAUGUGAUUGCAAAUAACUGCACUGGUGAGGAGAGAAUAGAGGACCUUCCUGAAGAGAGUCUUGAAAAACACAUUAAUGGCCUGAGCUAUAGCAUCUACAAUGCCGUGUAUGCUGUGGCCUAUGCUUUACAUGCCAUGUAUUCAUAUGACUCCAAACACAGAGAAACUGUAGAGGAAAAAAGAUGGAAGCUACAGAACCAGGAGCCAUGGCAGCUCCACCACUUUCUAAAGCAUGUGUCGUUUAAUAACAGUGCUGGGGACAAGAUUUCCUUUGACCAGAAUGGGAUAUUAGUAGCAGACUUUGAUAUUAUGAACUGGAUUGCAUUUCCAAACCAAUCCUUCUUCAGAGUGAAAGUAGGAAGCAUGGAUCCUCAGGCUCCAGCAGAUGAAAUCCUCACCAUUGAUGACAAUGUCAUUGUAUGGAAUAGGGGCUUUCACCAGGCACAGCCUGUUUCCUUGUGCAAUGACCACUGCCAACCUGGUUAUAGUAAAAGGAAGAAGGACGGCCAGCCGUUCUGCUGCUAUGAUUGCAUUCCAUGUCCUGAAAGGAAGAUAUCUGAUCAAAAUGACAUGGCUGACUGCUAUCGGUGCAAAGAUGAUCAAUAUCCAAACAAGGAUCAGAAUUCAUGCAUUCCCAAACUUGUAAUUUUCUUAUCUUACAGUGAACCAUUGGGGAUGGGUUUAGCCACUGGUUCACUUUCAUUUUCUUUAGUCACUGUUCUUGUGCUUGGAACAUUUAUCAAGCACCACGACACUCCCGUUGUGAAAGCCAACAACCGGAAUCUCACUUAUACUCUUCUCCUUUCCCUCCUGCUCUGUUUCCUUUGCCCAUUGCUAUUCAUUGGCCGACCUCACAAGGUGACUUGUCUCCUCCGACAAACUGCCUUUGGCAUCAUCUUCUCAAUGGCAGUUUCUUCUGUGUUGGCAAAAACCAUCAUGGUUGUUUUAGCUUUUGUUGCUAUCAAUCCGGACUCCAGAUUAAGGAAGUGGGUGGGGAAGAGACUGGCCAAUUCCAUUGUCCUAUCCUGUUCCAUUAUGCAAGCAGCCAUUUGUGUCCUCUGGCUGCUAACAUGUCCCCCAUUCACUGAUCUUGACAUGCAUUCAGGAAUGGAUGAAAUUGUACUGCAGUGCAAUGAGGGAUCAUCCAUCAUGUUUUACUCUGUCCUGGGCUACAUGGGCUUCCUGGCCAUUGCCAGCUCCAUUGUGGCUUUUUUCUCCAGGAAGUUACCCAACAGCUUCAAUGAAGCCAAAUUUAUCACUUUCAGCAUGUUGGUCUUCUGCAGUGUGUGGUUGUCAUUUGUUCCAACCUAUCUGAGCUCCAAGGGGAAAUAUAUGGUGGCUGUGGAGAUCUUCUCAAUUUUGGCUUCCAGUGCUGGGUUGUUGGGCUUCCUCUUUUCCCCCAAAUGCUAUAUUAUUGUUCUGAGGCCUGAGCUGAACAAUAAGGAGCACCUCAUGAGAAAAACUAUUGAAGAAGUGAAGUGUUCUACUUAA